CAACUCUCUGGAGUCUUCGGUCGGUCGGUGUCGUUCUGUUUUUGCACGUGGCGUAGAAACUUUACUAUUUUGAACAUUAAAUACUCUAGAAGAUGGCAAAGAAGGAAAGUCUUAAUAAGGUAUGUAAAUCAACAUUCACAUUUUCCUUUUUUUGUAAAAGAGGUUGCAUCUAUGCUCAAAUUUUCAGCCGGCCUCGUUGGCAACAUUGAUGAUGCAUUCUCUUUGAUAACUUUCUUGAAACGAUUAUCGAUUACUUUGUGUUUUCAUUGAGUGUGGAUUGACUUGAGUUCUCAUCUAGUCCAAAAUCUGAACUAAGAUGAUGGACUUCAAAUACGUGGGUAGUUUCUUUAAGACUUACGUUCAUAUCGAAAAGUAAAAUUCAGUUACUCGACACAUCCACGUGGUUGAAAUUGCGCAAUAAGCUAUCGAGAUCUUUGAGCUUUUGCGAAGAGCUAAACAGGAAGUGCAUCGCAAAUCAGAUGUUAAGAACUGUUAAGUGCAUUGCGUGUACUUUUUAGUCCAGUUAUUUCUGUAAGAGCGAGUAAGUAAGAUUAAAAAACAAACCAUGGCUUGACUAAAGUAAACUAUCAGAGUAAGUACUACAUGCAUGUCUAACAAGUAUGGCUUUCUGCCGUGAAAUUGAUAUAUUACCGAUUAGUAAUAACCAAAGGUUAAGGAGUGCGGGCGACAACGAUCAAAGGUCAAAACGCUUUUGCUCCAGUGCUGUGCUUUGUGUAAGUUUCACGUGACAGGUGGUUUAAACACGUGUGGUCAGAUUACGAGUGAUAGAAGGUCCUAAUGCGCAUGAUCAAAGUGCAUUCUGUGCAUUCCAUACAUUCUUAAGGGAAUUCCCAUUGAAUACUAGCUACAUACAUGUGACGCGUGUGUAAUAACAACCUGGAGAUUAGGAUUGUGGGCGACGAGAGGAGCCUGCAAUGAUGUACCUUAAUCGUGUAAAUCAUGACAGGGUAAAAGCAAUGACAUGCGGUCUUUCAGUUUGCAAACAGCUCGUAAAUAUACUUAGCAGGGCUUGAAGUAACAGACCAAUAGCCACUGGACAGUUGUUGGUCAGUCAAACAAAAACCGGGGGGGGUACUUGAGUAAUUUCUGGGUGGGGAUGUGCCGCUGGGACCCUGGAACCCUUAACCUAUACCAGAGCUAGUUCAGCUGAAUUUUGCAAUCCUAUACUAGAGUAAUCUCCCCAAAUCCCCCCUAUCCUAGAGUAGCUGUUUCCCUAGUCUAGACAAAAUCUUCAACCAGCUGAUCAGUUUCGUGAAAAAUGAUACCCUAUUCUAGACCCAAACGCUCUGAUUUAUAUACCCUAUGCUAGGGUAAACUGCUUGAAAACCAUACCCUUCACAGCGGCACAUACCUAUAUAGCCCAUAUAUGCCAGUCCCCCCCCCCCGGAACAAAAAUAAUUGACAUAAAGUAAUUUUUUACCUUCACAGACAGGGAAUUGGGUCGGAGCCUUGAGCGCAAGGUAUCACUGUUCAAUGGGUUGAAAUAGUUACCGUUUUGCUGUGUGUCAUGCAUGGGUCUGUAAAUGUGCCCAUGCCUUAUACUACUGUUUGUGUCUUCGGUAUUGUUCCUUCUCUGGUGUUAAAAUGAGUUAAGUGGAGUUCAGGGUUAAGUUUGUGUUUGUGUGAGCAUAUAUUGAUGUACAUUGUAGCAAAGUUUUGCAGUUGUCUUUUCUUUGAUUUGUAGCAGUCAGAAAAGAGUAGUUCAUCUACAGCUGUUGCUUUAAAGGCAAAAACUGUAGUGACAAAUGGGUUAAAAAGUCAACUCCAAUUGUGUAUAACUAGCUCUAUAAUGACCGUGCCUCAUAUAUCUUUACUUGUUUUAUUUAUAGGUUAAGAAAACCUCUGUGCAAGAAAAGAAAGUGAAUAAAGAGAAGAAGGGUGUGGUUAAUGGAACAAAAGAAGUUCAUGACCUAUAUGUCAAGAAAAGUAAAGACCACAAAAAGGUUAAAAAGCUGCAACCAAUGACAAAAUCUUCAGAUUCUGAGGUGAGUUAAAUUCUCAGACUCGAUUAAACAUAGUUUCCAAACCAUUAGCAAACUGCUUUUAUGUCAUGAUAGCGAGGCAAAAUCUCUAGUCUAAAUAAAUGCAGCUACUAAUAAUAACUAUUAUUUUGCUGUAGGAUUCAAGUUCAGAUGAAGAUGAGCAAACAAGGUAUAUUUUAAAAUGUUGUUCUAGCUGAAUGUGCAGAUAAAUUUAAUUAGAUGUCUAACCAAUUAACAUUAGGCUCACUGUUCAUGAGUGAAAGAUCCAUUUAAAAAACAAAUUAUUAUUUUAUCAGAUUACAACUUCAGGGCUCAAAAUAACGGCCGGUCAAUGGACAAUGUCCGGCCUGAUAGAGGGCUUGACCGGUCAAACUCUCGUCUUGCCGGUCAUUUUGACUGGUCAUUUUUGGAUGCAAACAUUUUAUAAUAUUUUCCAUAUAGUUGUCACUUAAUGCGUUUUGCUCUAUAACGCUGUAAUGAUUUCUUUUUUCUUUAGCUUUUUUUGCUGCUUUGCACUAAAACCCUUUAAAGAAAAAGAACACCGCAAUAAAUUUCAUGUUGUAAUGAAACGCAACAAAGCGAAAAAACAACAAACUGAGUUGUAGAGUAUCUCAACGAUUCAGCAGGUCGUACUGUAUGUUCUGCCUUGCUGUUAUCAGUAAUGUGACCUUCUUUGGGAAAACAUACACUAACGAUAAUCCAUUAUUUGUUAGAAAACUAAAGGAUAGCUAACAGUUUUUGUCCAUUAAACGUUUCACAUCUACUUGUAAGAGGAUUGUGAAUAUCACCUUCAACAGAAUUUGGCCUAAUUGAUCGCUUGUCUUGGACUGUUUCUCCGGGAAUAAAUUUCAGCGCAUCGAUUAAUUAUAAUAAUUUCUUUAUGUCGAACAUGAAUCUCGUUUGCAGACUCGAUUCCAGAAUUGUCUGAUAAAAACUAUAAAGCUAAUCGAGAACGAACGUCGGCGUAACCUCAGUUGCCGGGCAACGAAAAGGAUGGUAUGCAGAUAUAGGACGAACCUUGGAGACUUCAGACACCGCCGUACGCUAGGUAUAUAUAAACAGACAUGAAAACAGCGAAAAUCGCAGAAAGGAACUCAACAACGUGUAAAUGAAUUUUUCACCAACUUGCCGCCAAAAACCUCAACGUCAAUGUAGUACAACCAUCUACUGCCAGCAUAAUUCGAUAUUCCAUAGGCAAAAAAAAAAGUUAUAUUAUUCAUUAAUUAUUUGACUGGCCAAAAUCGGGGUUUGUCCGGGCUAAGAAAUAUUUGGUGACCUGCUGUCGUUAUUUUGAACCUUGCAACUUUUUUGUCAUACAUACAUAUAUAUAUUAUGUACCUGCACUUAUUAAACUAAUUAUCAUUUAAGGGAUAACAGAUUAACAUGCGUAAUUAAUUCAAAAUAAUAAUUAAUCAAUGAUCCAUUAAAUUGUUAUAUUUUGUCCCAUUCAGAGAUCAAGCUGUCAAGAAAGUGACCAAAAAGGCUAAGGUAACAACUACUCCUGCUCCUAAACCUGCAAAGUCAUCAUCAUCUGACUCGGACUCUGAUGAUGAGAGUGAACAUGGAAAAAAAGUACCACAGAGUUCUAAACCAGGCAAACCAGAUCUUAUGAAUCUCAAAGGGAUUAAACAAAAACAAGAGCAAUCAUCGAGCGAUGAUUCUUCUUCAAGUGAUGAAGAAAAAGCCAAGGAAAAAGUAGCUAUUCCAAAGAAAACUGAGGCAAAGAAGGCAGCAAAUCCAAGUUCAUCUUCAUCUGAUUCAAGUUCGGAGUCGUCUGAAGAUGCAAACAAAAAGACAAAUGGCAAAGCCUCUCAGCCCAUCACUAAGAUGUCAGAAGAAAAGAAGGAAAAAAAGUCUGGUAAACGUUCCUCUGAUUCAAGUUCAAAAUCUUCCAGUAAAAUUGUAAAGCAGAAAACUAAGCCCUCAAAGGCUGACACAGAGAAGAAAAAGACAAAGGAUAUAAAACUCACAGCAGCCUCGUCAGAUUCAAGUUCAGAUUCUUCUGAUGAAGAAGAUGCAGAUCCUAAAACCAAACCCCAGUCUAAAAACACAUUGGGAAAGAGGAAUGGAAAAUCCAACGAAGAAUCUUCUGAUUCAGACUCAGAUUCAUCUGAUGAUGAAGAUAACCAACCAAGCACCCAACCCAUGCAGGUCAUCACAAAGAAAGCAGAGACAAAGAAGGAUGGAAAAAUAUCCAAGAAAGAAUCUUCUGACUCAAGCUCAGAUUCUUCUGAUGACGAGAAUAAAAAACCAAGCACCAAACCCUCUCAGGCCAUCACAAAGAAAGCAGAGACAAAAAAGGAUGGAAAAAUAUCCAAGAAAGAAUCUUCUGACUCAAGCUCAGAUUCUUCUGAUAAUGAGGAUAAAAACCAAGCACCAAACCCUCUCAGGUCAUCACAAAGAAAGCAGAGACAAAAAAGGAUGGAAAAAUAUCCAAGAAAGAAUCUUCUGACUCAAGCUCAGAUUCUUCUGAUGACGAGAAUAAAAAACCAAGCACCAAACCCUCUCAGGCCAUCACAAAGAAAGCAGAGACAAAAAAGGAUGGAAAAAUAUCCAAGAAAGAAUCUUCUGACUCAAGCUCAGAUUCUUCUGAUAAUGAGGAUAAGAAACCAAGCACCAAACCCUCACAGGUCAUCACAAAGAAAGCAGAGACAAAAAAGGAUGGAAAAAUAUCCAAGAAAGAAUCUUCUGACUCAAGCUCAGAUUCUUCUGAUAAUGAGGAUAAGAAACCAAGCCCCAAACCCUCACAGGUCAUCACAAAGAAAGCAGCAGUAAAAAAGAAUGGAAAACCCAAGAAAGAUUCCUCUGAGUCAAGCUCAGAUUCAUCCGAUGAGGAGGAUAAUACAGUAACCAAGCAAAAAGCAACACAGUCUGAUUCUGAAUCAUCAGAUUCCAGCUCUGAUGGGGAUCAGCUAGCAUCAGCUACAACAAAGAUCAGUGGAGCAUCAAAGAAAGAGGAAUCAAGCAAAGAGGAAUCAAGUUCAGAUGAGUCCGAUGAAGAAAUGAAGAAAAACACAAAAAGAAAAAAAAGUUCAUCAGAAAAUUCUAGCUCAGAUGAGGAGGAAGUAGCAGAGAAAUUAUCCAAGAAGGCUAAAAAGGUAUGUUAAGGGCCUACUAACAUGCUAUGUGUUAUUACAUGGCCUCAAUAGUAUGCGCACUCAGCUCUGAUUGGCUGCCAAGCGGGCAUUAUUUUCUUGUAAUGACCAGGCAUUACCAGCUAGGUGUCCAAGGCAUGUACAAUCUGUGUUUAACUUGAUAGUGGACAAAGUGGACAUCCUUAAGGAGAUCCAUGUUAUGGUCAAUUGACAGCUACCAAAAAGGUAUCUGCUGACCAGUGUGACUUGACUGUAUUACGGCCUCAGGUGUAAAAAUCAUUGAGGUGAUAUGUUUUUUAAUUGUUAUCUGCUGACCAAUUAUUGAUUUUAAUUGAUCACAGGCUCAGGUCCAUAAUGAAAAGGUUACAUAAUAAAUAACUUAUUAACCUCGUCUGUUCACUCAUAACAUUGAAAUCUCAGACCUCGGCCUUGCCUCAGUCUUAGAUUUCCCUGUAAUGACUGCACUUUUGGUUUAUAAGUGGUAUUUAAUCUGUAAGUUUGUGUACUUUCUUAAUAUGAGCUGAGCUGAUUGAUGGGAGCAGAAUGUUCAUUUGUAAAUGUUACACUUAUAUAAGUACAUGUAUGUCCUGUAAAAAUAAAUAACUGGUUAAUCACAAACAUUACCUCUUUUAAGGAAUUUUCCAAUGAUAUUGAGGGAGUUGUUGAAAAGAAAAAGAAGAGAAAAGUAAUUGAAGGUGACAACGAGGGUUCUGGAGGCAAGAAACUGAAGCAUGAUGAGACAGGGUCUGAAAAACAAAGUAAGUUGUCUUUAUUCUUAAACAUUAUACACCAUACAUUUCUUUUAUCUUAUUACAAGUGAACUGUGAGAAACUGUAUUGCACUAUUAGUUUUUAAAAGGGCAUUAUUUAAAUUAUUAGUUGGAAGCUAAAAUAUACUUUUAAUUAAACAGAAACACACAAAAGUAAAGAAAGAUACCUCUGAAGUUCACAACAGUGGUGGAAUUAGCGGAUGGUAUGGGUUGGUGGGCCCCACCUUAUUUUUAGGCCAAACGGAGGCCCUCAGGGCCAAGUAAAAAUUUUUUUCGGCUGGGCCCCACUCUUAUAUCUUCGGGUCUGGAUGAGCAGGCCCCUCAUGUACUUAAUGAUCUGAAUCCACCACUGCAAGGGUCCUAUAUAAAUAUUGUUAGGUAUAGGUAAUAGCAUAAUUUGUAGUGAUAUUUGGCAUAAAUACCACGAGUGAUAUUUCAAAACUGUUAUACGUAAUUUCACGAGCCGUUAGGCGAGUGAAAUUUGAGACAAUUUUGAAAUAUCACGAGUGGUAUUUAUGCCAAAUAUCGUGUACAAAUCCUGCUAUUAUUUGUUAAUUCUACUACCUGCAAAAGGAUUGUAAUUUUCACAUGUAGGUAUUUCAAAUUAAGUAGAAAUACCACUGCUCUAAGCCAAUAAUACUAAUUGCAUGAAGUACCCUUGUAUUGCUAUUUCAGUUUCCAUAUUUGUUGGAAAUCUGUCUUUUGACACAAAUGAAGAAACACUGCAAGGAUUUUUUGAAGAUAAUGCCUUGUCCCCCACCUCUACUAGAAUUGCUUAUGCUAAUGGAUCAUCAAGAGGGUAAGUUAUUAGUUUAUUGAUUUUGUCACACAACAUGCUUAGAUCAUUAUGUCAACUAAUUAUUAUCACUUAGCAAAUACACGUAGCUUGAGACUCAAAAAUGUGUUUGUGCAUGUAUACAUGUGUUACAGGUCAAAAUUAAAUUCAGGUUAAAAUUUUUAAACCAAGUUUGAUUCUCAAUUUCCUUUUUCUGCUAGCCCUAAUCCAUGAAUAACUAGGGCAAGGAGACAAAGAAAAUUGAGAAUCUACCUAGAUUAUAAAAAUUUUAACCUAAUUUUAAUUUUGACGUGUAACAUAUGCACUAAAAAUCAGUCAACCACGCAGGUCAUGAGAGUCCUUGUAUUAUUAAGCAGUUUGAAGCUCACCUUUUGUCUUUAUCAGUAAAGUGAACAAAAGGUAUUUAAUUUAAAGGUAAAAUCUGCAUUUUAAGAUCAGUAAUAAUCAUUUUCUCUAUCAUAUAACCUACUGAGUUUGGAAAAUAAUGUAAUGUAUUCUUAUUAGCUACCUCAAGGUUUCUUUCAAACUUGCCAUUCAAGUUUCUGAUUUUUUAGCGAUCUCUAAGUCAUAACCUGCUGAGAGAUUAGACAAUCAGACUCCACCCCUGGACUCUUACUUAAAUCUAUGUAACCUUACUGUGAUCGGUUUUUUUAGUUCAUUUCUGUUCCCUAUUUGCUUCCCUGCAUGAUUGCUUCAUUAAAAAAUUCUUGUAACAUUGUUUUGUGUUUGUGUAUUUUUUUAAUCCCGGAAAUCCUACACUCAAGAAUUAAGUCUGCUAACCUUCCCACUUCUUAAAAUCACCAUUUAUUUAUUGACUAUAACUGACAAAGCUAGCUAUUCAAAACUGUGAGUUGGAUUACACCAUUUUCAUGCAGUAAUAUGGGGUCCACACUUUGCUUUGCACAUAAAAUGGAAAAUGAAACUGCAGAAUUCAUAAGUUUAAUGUUAUGUUUUUCUUGCACUCCAGGUUUGGGUAUGUAGAUUUUGGCAGCCCUGAGGAAGGACAAAAAGCACUAGAGCUUAGUGGAUCAGAGAUUGAUGGUAGAGCAGUGAGAAUAGAUAAGGCAGAAUCAAGAGCUUCACCAAGGGGAGGUGGGCGUGGGGGCCGGGGCGGUGGUUCACGUGGACGCGGAAAAAGUACCCCAUCAAACACACUGAUCUGCAUUGGCCUGUCAUAUGACACAGAUAAUGAUUCAUUGAGCCGGGCUUUUCCAGACUGUGUUAGUGCACGAGUUAUAACAGACAGGGAGACUGGCAACCCAAGGGGGUAAGUAACAUUAGAGCAUAUUAAGCCCACUUGAGCCUCUGUUUUUUAGACCGAGCUUUACUCAAGUUGUUGUUUGCCCUGGGUUUUCUCAAAUCCCCUCAUUAAACAAAUCAUUAACGGUCCGAGUGGCUGUUUGGAACUUAAAACACCCUACCAGAUUUGUGUGGAAUCUCCAUGAGAAUUCCCGUCUUUUGUAUUUUGUUUUGUUUAUUUUGAUUUCCGAAAACAUGAGAUGGAGUUAGUAGUAAGAUGAGGUCACUCUAUUAACUUUACUGGAUACCCACUCCCCUCUUCUAGUGACGUUCCUGUCGGUUCCCUCGUAUACAGUAAUUAGAAUUACAUGAUUCCAACCCGAAAGCAAGCUGCUCCAGUACCAGAAGUGUAGAACCUCUGAAAUCGACAUGCUCUGUCACUUAACAAAGCCUUAUUUUAUCCAUUUCUUUCAGUUUUGGAUAUGUCGAGUUUGACAGUGUUGAUAUUGCCCAGGAUGCGAUGACCUCUAUGGAAGGGAAACAAGUUGAUGGUCGUUCCUUGCGACUUGACUUCGCAGCGCCAAGAGGGUCUACUCCAGGAAGUGGAAGUGGAGGUUUUAGAGGUGGUGGUAGAGGUGGCGGUAGAGGUGGCGGUAGAGGCGGUAGAGGUGGAAGAGGCGGUGGCAGAGGUGGAGGAAGAGGUAGGUUUUUUACGUUAUAUAAGUAUAUAAUAACCUGCCGUGAUUUACCAGAGGGCAACGAAGGAACUCGUUUCCUAACCCAGUUUAGUUGUCAUUUACAAGGAAAAAACUGAUCUUUUCUUGUUGUUAAAGUCAUCUAGCCGAAAUGUCCGACACAACGCCCCGCCGUCUUCAAGAAGGUUUAACGAACUAAUUUUGUGUUUAUUUUCUGUAGGCUUUGGCAGAGGAGGAACCCCUGUAAACGCUGCCAGGAAAGGCAACAUACAAGAGUACAAAGGAACUAAAAUUUCGUUUGAUGAAUAAAAGGCAUUAAUUUUUAUCCCUCUGUAGAAUUACUCGCAUGUCCGAGUAUUGGCUUUUUUAUACUUCAGUUUGUAUAUAAUGUUGAUACACAAUUAUAUAACAAGCAAAAAAUAGGCUGUGUAGGAAUGAAAAUAGCAGGGGAUAGAAGGCAAAAGACUGCGUGUUUGCAGGGAUACUUUUUGUUCUAAACGGUGGUAUAAAUAAUGCGUUUGUAUCGUCGCUUAAUGCGUUGAUGUAAGUCUCAUUUCAUUUUUUCUGUCGAAAUUUCAAUUCGAUUGCACUGCGAGUUCGAGAAUGAGGACUAAUACGGGUUUUUUUGUGCCUCUUUUAAUUACCUGUUGCACUUAUCUUUAACGUCUAUUUAAGUGUUAGUUAGAAACAGAAAACCGGGUGAUAAAAUUAUCUCGAAAUUCCAAAGUCGUAUUUGUAUUUGAUCUUAUUAGAAUUAUGUUUACAGCAAACGGUGGACUCCAGACGACAAUUCCUCAAAUUCGGAAAUAAACAGAUGAAAACUAAGUAAUUUGUUGUAGAAGAUGAAGCUAACAUUUUGUGAAGAUAUAAGGUACAGGGAAAACUUGGUCACGUGGUAUAACUAAAGGUUUACCGUUUGUCGUAAACGUGAGUCUAACUCUAUCUUAUGAUUUGUCCCUUGAAACACAGUAAAAUUCAAGCUGAUCGUCAGCAUGUUUGCAAACGUGCCCAGUCAUAUUUAUUAUAUUACAUUGAUUUAAACCUUUGAAUUGUAACUUUGUGUUUUAUGCAUAAUUUUAUACACGCCCACAGUCUUCAAACAGAGUCAAAAUAGUAAUUUAUUAUUUCCAUGUUUGCAAUGGCAUUUUUAAAAUUUGUAAUGUUUCAAUCAUGCAAAAUCUUUAUUUACCACCCGUGUGGUUGCUUACUUAAUUGUCAAUGUAUAUGUAUUAAAUUACCAAUCAUAUUUAUUACUUGGUGUGGUUACGUACAGUCUCCUUUCUCGCCACUGGGAGGUUUUUUUUUCCCAAUCAUUUGUAGGUCCAAUUUAAGGAUAUACCAACUUUGAAGAAAUCUUGCCCGAAGUCCUAGGUUAACCCCUUUGAAAAAAAACCAAGAAGGCGGCUGAUCAAAUUUGACAUCUUCAUAUAUCGUCAGAAUCAGUUUAAUUUAUUUCACUCUAAAACAUCAACAAACAU